AUGGUUCUACUGAAAGAAGUUCGAGAAGGAAUCUGGGGUCUUAGUUUUGGACCAAGCAGCACGUCCGAUGUCACGAUUGAUAAUCCAGUUCGCUUAACAAUGGCUGCACUCGAAAUCGAUGAUGCUCCAAUAAUCAAAGAUAGUGCGUCAACGGCAAGCGGAAUCACUCGUGUGACAAUCAAAUCUGCUACAGCGGAUAAAGGACCACCAACAGAUUUGAUCCUAUGUAAUCUACACUAUCCUUCAUGUCUUCAACAACCGUUAGAUAUUGAAUUCUAUGAAGGACAAACCUUAACAUUCGGUGUGACAGGACCACAUAAAGUACAUCUCACCGGUUAUGUCCUUCAAACAGAGCCACAUGAGAUGUGUGAAGAAGGUCAUAUGUGCGCUAGUAAAAAUCAUGGUAUGUUUGAAACAGUCGGCGACUCAGAUAGUGGUGACGAUGACGACGACGACGACGAUGAUGAUGAUGAUGAUGAUAAUGAUGAUGAUGAUGAUGACGAUGAAAGUGACGACGGCGAAGAUGUCUUGAAACAGUUCAAAUCAGCUCGACGUCAUAAACUACGCGACGAUGAAGAUCAAGAUUUAGAAGGUGAUUAUGAAGAUGGUUAUGUUCAGGGCGAGGAUCAAUUGAGCUCAGAAGCAUCCGAGUCAGAUGAAUCAGAUGACGAUGCUCAGCCAAAAGCAUCCGCCGACAAAGGCAAAAAACGUGCCCGAUCAGAAUCGAAUGGUCAUCAGAAAAAACAAGAACCACAAGCGAAAAAGGGAAAAAAUGCCAAAGAAGCACCUACGACGACAAACGAUACCGAACCAAAAAAAGCAAACAAAUCAGUAAAAAUAGAUCCGUCAUCGUCGAAUGAUGCAAAUGCUGCUACCAGUACAACGACCGAAAUAAAAAAGAAAUCCAACUCCUUGGAGAUCAAUGACAUUCGAGUCGGCAAUGGGCCAGAAGCCAAACUUGGCAAAACAGUAGCCGUUUACUAUACUGGCCGACUACAAAGUAACAAUAAAACUUUUGAUUCAUGUACAAGUGGAAAACCGUUUCGAUUUCGACUUGGUGCCGGUGAAGUGAUCCGUGGUUGGGACCAAGGUGUGAAAGGCAUGCGCGUGGGUGGCAAACGCCGAUUAACAAUUCCACCAUCAUUAGCAUAUGGCAGUAAAAAAUUAGCAGGUAUUCCAGCUAAUUCAACCCUUGUGUUUGACAUCGAAGUCAAAAAUGUCUUUUAA